GGAGUGGGAUGCUGAUGGGAACGGGAUGCUGAUGGGAGCGGGAUGCUGAUGGGAGCGGGAUGCUGAUGGAAGCGGGGCACUGAGGGAUGCUGACAGCCCCGGGGACGGGCACGGAGGGGGGAACAGGGCCCAGCUACAGUGGCCCGGGCCAUGGGACGGUGGGGACCCUCUGCCGCGGGGCCCGGGGGGUGCAGAAGGAGGCUCGGGGGUCGCUGUCCCCCCGGCCGGGGGGGUGAGGGCGGUGCCCCUCAGGGGUCUCGCAGGGAGGGCUGGCACAGUGCGCUGCCUGGGUGCUCCUCACGGAAAGGGUUUGUGUGCACGGACAUGAAUUCUAGGGAGAAUAAAGGAAUAGGAAAGCUGUUUUUUGAGCUAUUAACAAAGAACAGGUGUUCCUGUAAUCAUGGGGGACUUGUGUCUGGGAGCCUGGGAGUUGUUGGGUUUUCUCACCACAGUAUAACAGAAAUGAUUUGAGGGAUGGUUGCCUCCAGGUUUUUGGUUGAUGAGGAUGUUGUUUUGAUUGAUGGUGCUGUUGACCCACCCUGGCUCAGCUCGUGGCCAUGGCAGUGGUGCUGCUGCCAGGUAUCUCCCUCAAUAUUUCACAUCACAGCACUAGUGAGUGCUGAACCUGAACUGCUGCUGUUAAACACAGUCCUGGCAAUCUCCUCCUGAUUUACUAUAAAAACUUCAAUGUUUCUUAAAAAUUGAUGGGUUGAUUUUGCUUCAUCUUUUGCCAGCUUAGGGGAAAAUAAUCAUGUGAGCCUUUAAGAGAUGCCAGGAUGGCAUAAAGCAGUGUAUGAACUCUCAGGAAAAGAUCCUAGGCUUGAGCUUUUUAUUAAAAAGAUUGGAUUUAAUCAGAAGUCUAAUUUCCCUCCCUCUUUUGCCAUUUGGUGAUGUUCCUUUGUGUUUACUGUUCCUCAUUUUCUUUCAAGGCUGUGUCUCUAAGGAAGGGUCGUCUCAGGCAAGGCCCAGGCUGAUGGGUGGAGUUGUGGAUUUUCCACAUCAUGGAGUCCUUUGGUGCUUCAGCGUGGCCUUAGCAGAAUUAGGAGCUAACCUGGUUCAUUUAGAGCAGUAAUAGUGCACUUUUACCUUGCAGAAUCUGUCCUUGCAUGAGUUAGAUUUUAAAGCAGGGCUCCACAUCUGACAGUUGAGUCCUCGUCUGUUUGAAAAUUGCUAAAUGUUUUGAUUGAGAAAUAAUAACCUGAAAUUAAAAAGAUGGAGGGAAGCCUGAAGUUAAAAUGAAUAAAUUGGCAUUCCUUGGACUUGGUGUGCUUGUAUUAAAUUCCACUUGGAUAUAAGCUAUGAUUUUUAUUUAAGUGGUAAAAUUUGGCUUUAUAUCCAACCUCAGCAGAUCCCAGCCUUUCCUGUACUUGUAUGGAGCAGUGGCACCAGCAGGGGACCAGGGGAUUCUCCUGUCUGAGGAGUUUUGGGAGGAGCAGGGGCAUCCUGAGAGUUCAGGUAGUGUCUACUUCUGUCCUUGUGUCAGAGCUGUUCCUCUGAGAGAGGCAGAAGAGCCAGAAAUUCUGUGAUUCUGGGCUGCCAGAAGAGGUGGCAGUGAUGACUUGAGGUGAUAAGAGAGACAUUUUAUAGCUGUCUGCUCUGGUUUAAUUGCUAAAUAAUUCAUUGUUCCUGCUGGCUAAAGCAUCAGAAGAGAAGGAAGUUUGGUUUCCAGUAACUAUGGCUUCAGCUCAAUUGGAAAUGAAUUCAAGCUUGGACACAGUUCAGCACUUGAAAUCUUCAGAGUUUCUCUCCAGAGGAGCAGACAGAAGGAAAGAAGUUUUUUUUCAUUGCCACAAGGACUAGAAGGUUACUUGUUAUAGCAGCUGAUAUUUUUGCCUCAUGAUUUACUUCAGAUCUACAUAUUUAGCACUGAGCUAUUUUCAAGGAACUAUUUGGGCAGUCACCAAGAUCCCUUUUCUGGGUGAAAACAGUCCUGAAUUACAUCCUUCAGCUUCUCUGCAGUGUUUUCAGCACCCUGUCAAGACAAUUUCCCAGUCUCUGUGGCUUCAAAUCAUUCCUUAUUUCUGUCUCCAUACCCAGUCACCCUGUGGACAGUGUCACAAUCUGCCAGGCCUAUUUAUGACCUCCCUGCUGAUCCUCUGUGCCCCAUUCUGAAUUCAUCUUCCUGCAGGAAGAGGUCCUCUUUCACUCCAUCAACAAGAAGCUCUGUUGUGAAGAGAGAGGUGAGCUCCCAUGCCUGGAACAACAAGGGAGAAGAAAACACUAAAGAAAAAUCCAGAGCUGAUGAGGGCUUUGCUCCCUGAAUUAUAAGUGACAUGCUGGCAAAGCUGAACAACUGAUCACCAGACACUGGCAUAGUGUUAAACAUGGCUUCUGAGGCUGCUCAGAAUUUCCUCCAGCCACUGUCUUCUUGGAUGUCUCAAAUAUACGAAGCCAUCCAGCAAGCAGGAGACUCCAUCUCUGCCUCACUGCUGAAUUUGAGUGGAGUGGGUCGUAAGCCAGAAGAGAGGACCCAGGACUUGGAGAACAACGGAGGCGUUUAUGAGGAUUAUUCUGAGGGAUCGAGUGAUGAACGAGACCUGGACCUUUGGGAUGAGGAUUAUUUCUACCCUAGAGAAGACAGCUACAUUGGAGGCCCUGAUCUUGCUUCACAGAACCUCCCUCACGGCUCUGAUGUGGGCUCACAGAGGCAAAACCAGCUCAAAAACCCCAGCACUGUGGCAGAGCAGUGUGCUGAGAGCAGCAGGUCCCUGGCAGCCAAUGGAUCCUGCUGGAUGGGGGAAGAUCUCCAGCCUGGUGAUCGGCUUCCCCCCAUCGCUGAGGAAGAAGGUGAGCCCUCGGUGAGGAUGGGAGGUGCUGAGCAUAGCCUCAGCUUGGCUGGCUCCUUAAACACUGCCAGUGGCACCUGUGCAGAUCUGGAUGGACUAAGCCAACUGAGUUACCAAGACAACAUCUCCUGUCAUGAAGAUGACCACGGAUCUGUUGAUUCAAGAACAACAACCAGGAAUAAAGGCACUGGGCAGCACAAAGGGCCCAGGAUGGAGCCCAGAACUGGGGAUGGAGUCAGCCAGUCACACAGGGAAGGACGUCUGGAAAUGGAGACAACAUUUGCCAACCAGGGAUUGGGAGUAAAUGAUGCUACAGACAGCUCAUCAGCUUGGAGCCCUGAGGAGCACAACGGAGUGAACAGUGCGCCAGCUCACCACGGUGCCCAUGAGCCCAUCUGCAAAUGUGGUGACCUGGAUGUCAUCUUCACCUAUAAACCCUCAAGUCAAAAGCUGACAGCCACAGUCCUGGAGGCCAGGGACAUCCCGGACAAGGACCGCAGCGGUGUGAACACCUGGCAAGUGCACGCGGUUCUGAUGCCGGGCAAGAAACAGAGGGGUAAGACCAGUGUGCAGAGAGGACCCAUCCCCAUCUUCCAGGACAAAAUCACCUUCAGCAAGCUGGAGCCACAGGAGCUGAGCAGCCACGCCGUCCGAUUCCGCCUCUACGCCGUGCACAAGGUGCGUGGGGAGAAGAUGAUGGGCGAGCAGCUCUUCUACCUGAGCGGCAUCAGACAGGAGGGGGAACUGAAGGUGACACUGCUCUUGGAGCCAAGGAGUAACCUGAGUAGUGCAGAUUCUCAGCUGAGUCUGUCAGCAAUCUCUCACAGUGAUAGCGCUUCCUCAACACAGUCCCUGUCGCAUGGAGGGGUGCCAGAGCUGCUCGUGGGACUGUCAUACAAUGCCACCACGGGGAGGCUGGCAGUGGAGAUGAUCAAAGGCAGUCAUUUCCGAAACCUUGCAAUUAAUAGGCCACCUGAUACCUACGGGAAGCUCUGCCUGCGCAACUCCGUGGGUCAGGAGAUGUCUCGCUGCAAGACCUCCCUCCGCCGGGGCCAGCCCAACCCUGUGUACAAGGAAACUUUCAUCUUCCAGGUCGCCCUCUUCCAGCUGUCUGACGUCACCCUGCUGAUCUCCAUCUACAACAGGCGCAGCAUGAAGCGCAAGGAGAUGGUCGGCUGGAUCUCCCUGGGCCAGAGCAGCAGCGGGGAGGAGGAGCAGAGCCACUGGCAGGAGAUGAAGGACUCGCAGGGGACGCAGGUCUGCAGGUGGCACACGCUGCUGGAGUCCUAGGGGUGGCCAGGGCAGCCUGCAGGGCCUGGGACAAAGGGCUGUUCUCAUUCUCUGGCAGGGCACACAGCUUUAUCCUACUCUCUCCAUGUCAUGGAUAUCAAAGGUGGCAAGGACUGGGAAGCAAGUUGUUGCCUUUCCUGCUUGCCCUGCAUUUUCCACAUCCAUGUAACCCUAGUGAGAAGCAGUGAGAAUACCUGCAAAACCCUUUCCUUGGUCAUUGUCUUGCUCAUUUUUCCAUAGGCUUAAUCAGCACGGACUGAUUCUGAUAUGAAGCUGUUUUCUUCUAGGGUGAACUCUCACUUCCCUCUCUUCCCUUAUUUAUAUUAAUGAAGUUUGCAAAUAUUCUUGCCACGCAGAUAGCUCACAGAAAAGCUAACCUGCAUGCAGAUCACAUCCUCUCCCUUUUAUUAUCGUGUUUCUAAGUCCUAGAAAUAAGCAUUUGAUACCACUGUAGACUGGAUGAUAUAUUUUUCAGGCAGCAUGAGAAAGCACUCUUGAUAUUCUCUGUCAACUUUUAAGUGCCUAGACAUUACUACUGUUCUCCUAUACAAUGAAUAUAAGGACUAAAUGAUACUGGUAUUUUUAAUUAGGCACCCUGUGCACCUGUUAGCCUGCAUUGACAUAGGUUUGCACAAGAGAUAACAAGCAUCCGUUCUAUAUUGCAUUAUACAAUGCAUGUUUAGAUGUUUACUUGAAGUUAUGGCUUCUGUCAUCACAAAUACCAAAAAAAGACCAGAACAAACUGCACAGCCACCUUUGUGCCUGAAUCACUCCUUUCUGCAUCAUUUUGCCCAUGUGUUAAUGUGGUUUUUAGAAGUGAGGUUCAUUCAGAAAAGCAUUUCUGUGAGCAUUACAGGAGAGGGCUUCAGAUCCAUGGUUUUUCUGUGAUUCAGCAAAGCUCUACUCAAUUUUCUGAGGGCUCUUCUUCAAAUCUCCUGGGCUAUACUGUAAUAUCUCCUUGGGAUAUGGAAGGGGACUGAUUUUGGUAUGCUGAGCAGUAGAGGCUGCCAGACCAUGUCCCCUAACCUUGGGAAGGAGCUCUCUUGCAGGCCAGGAAUAGGGUUCAGAGGGGCUGCUGGCUCUGCUGAACUAGCACUGGAGAAAAGAAUUGUGCUUCCUGCCUCCAACUGCAAGCAGUGCAAGGAGCAGCCUUGCUGGAUGAGGUGAUGACACUGUCACGUGGUUACUUUUCAGACUACAUUGUCCUUUUCCAUUUUAAUCUCUUUUCCUGUCUCUGCAAGCUGAAGUCACGGAGUUGAUGGAUGGAGGAUGUGUCUCAGUCUGCUGCUUGCCUAAGUGGUUGUUGUUGCAGUGCUGUGUGUGACACAAAGGAGGAUGUUCAUCCUCAGUGGAAUGUAGGCAGUGAGGUGCUGAGAUCUCCAAAUGCUAUCAGCUGCCCAAUCUCCCAUUCUCCACACUCUCUAGGAGGACUGUCUCUUCUCCAUUCCUGCUGAUGACAGCAAGACACAGGAAAUAUUUUGCUGAAGAGGUUUGUCUGUGCUGAAUCACUUUAUAGUUUGUUUUUGCCAUUUGCAGAGACCUGGCACCAAAUUCUGCCUCCUCCUGCACCCCAGCCACUUCCUUCACCCCAACGGUGCUGUGCAAACCUAACAAAUGCAAAUUUUGGCACUGGCUGUUUGACCAAAAUUGGUCCUUGGUGCUGGUUUUCAUCACAUCCAGGCUAGACAGGCCCUGAGGGCAGUGCUGUGACACUCACAGGUUAUCACUGGGUGUCACAGAGGCUCUGCCUGUCCUCAGGAGGCAGACAGAAUAAUCUGCACAGAGAAGCACUUCUGCUACAGGUGAUACAAGUUAUUCUACAGACCACGCUCUUGUAUCUUCUUAUCACCUUUCAGAGCAUCAUUUUUCCAGGGAGACUGGUGGCUAUCCUAUGCAGGAGGGUUCUCCUCCACUGUCUAGAUAAGCUGGCAUGUCUGCUUUGCACUACUGGGGCUUUGUAACACAAAACAGGCUGUAACCCAAAUGCAGCUCAUCCAACAAAUAUGUUCUUGACUGCACUGCUAAAGCUGAUGUAUUACAAAUGCAAGAAAAAGUGAACAUCUGAGUGGUAAUCAGCAGAAUAGGAUUUUAUUUAUCAUACGCUCUUCUGCUGGGAAAAAUAAAAAAGUAGAGGAAACAGCCCAAUUCAAAAGGUGCAUUUGCUGAUCCAGUUGUUUUCCAAUCUCUCAAUUUUUUUUUUUUUUUGUCCUGAACUGCAUAAAAUGUAUAUGCAAGUGUUUAUAAUUAAUUUUAAUACCUGGAAUGUGUGUGUGUAAUAAAAUUACUGAGAUUCUCUUCAGAACUUCUUGAACCUGCAAAGUCUUGCCUAUGCUUCAUGAUUAGCUGAGGAAAAAGUGUAAAUUCAUAAUACAUUUCAGCAGUGAACUGGAGAUAACCCAGAUUUAUAACAGCAUGAUUAAAAAAAACCUAAUGAAAAAGAUAAUUUUAAAAAACAAUGAACUACACUGGGUUUGGACUUCCAUGCUGUUUUCACAUUAAGAUCUUUUCUGAAGAUAUUGCAUUAAGGGAAUUGAAUUUUAAUGUAUAAUUUCAUUGUAGAGUUUUUGGAGUCAGAGAAAAGCAAGUGAAAGCAGUUUACUUUGAGUAAGUUAAUACUUAAGCAAGUGUUAAAACUUUGCUGUCCAAGGAAAGCAGGUUGCUGCAUCCUUGCUGCCACAUUUUACCCUUAUAUUUUAUCAGAAAAUUUUGGAGGGAAGGGGCAAGGGCUGUACCAUCGGGUUUUUGGAGCUACUGCCAAAACUCUUUGCACAUCCAUGCCUUGAGAAGUGCUUUUGUGGGGUUCUUCAUGUUCCUACUAAAGCAAUGGGGAAAUGUAGGACUCUUGGGAUGAACAGGGUGCUGGUGGUACUCAUGCUUGCUAGCUAUAAUUUGGGAUUUUUAUUGCUUUUGUGGUUUGUUUUUCCUUCUGUCUGUGAAAUGGAGGCUUUGCAGAAGCUCUGGCAUAUUCCAAAGCUCCUGUAAUUCUUCCCAUUGACAGACUGAAUUAGUCAUGGCUAAUAUUGAUACAGGCUGGGCUUGUGCUCAUGGUCUUUCUUAGGUAAACACCACUGUCCUUUUAGUCACUGCUUUAACCCCUUGUUUCCUUUGGAAGUGGCUGACAAGACUGAAUUUCCAGGAAGUUUUCCAUUCUUUGGGAAUUCUGACUCACUUGACUCACAGAUGGCUGGUGGACCCUGUGCUCCACUGGCUUCUCCAUGUGGAUGCUGCUGCUCUCUGCUUCUGUGGGGCUCCAGGUGGGGAGAAGAGCUGUGAGAAGGCCAUGGGGAGUUCAGGGAGCAGGAUAAGAAUGGAUAACCUGGUUCUGGGAUGCUUGGGAACUUACAGAUCUAGAUUAUGGAUGUUUCCUAAUGCACUCAGGUUUUCUAAGAGAAUUCGUUCUCUUUUGACACGACUGUUUGUGAUCCCUUUAUAGUCUAUUUGAAUUUUCUUAAAAAAAAAAAAAGGGGCCUGAAAAUGUGGAAAGGGAUGAACUGCAUUGGCCCAGAGUAUUAUGGGCAAGUGGCCUGGAUACAUCUCUGUACCUUGAGCAGCAUCCUUCAGCUGCUUGCAGUUUCCUUGUUCUCUCCCCAGCCAGCAUGCCCCUGUCCGAGCUCUCUGCUGCUAUUCCAUUUGUUCUUUUUUAAUGUUUAUCGACAACAGGACAGAGUGAUCUCACCUGUCUGUACUCCCCAUAAUAAUGGUGAUCUGCAGCUGAUGCCCACAGGAAUGAGUUCUUCUUUUAGCCCACUGAGCCGCAGCAAUCGCUCACUGAAAUGCCCAUUUGCAAAGGCUUUAUCUGGAUCAUCUUCUGCAUCCUUUGAUUUGUCUGGGUUUCCUUUUUGCCAGUGUCUUUAAUUAGCUGGACCCUGCUGUGGCCUGCUCGUUCCUGUUGCUCUGCCUUGUCUGCCUUUCCCUCCAGGGGCAAUGUGGGCUGAGCAGCUCCUGGGGUACUGGACAAUGCUUGGGUGUAUUUUUAGCAGCUGCAGAUCCCGAGGAGUUAUUUGGUGCUUUACAUAGCUGACUGAUCUUCAGUCAUGGAUGUCUUUAGAAGUUCCUGGAUGCACAGAUCCAAAGGCUGCCAGCUGCUAUUGAUCAUUUUCCCAGCAUAAAGCUGAAGGUGGGAGCUUGGCAGAGGAGCAGGCAUUUCCUCUGGUGGCAGUUCAUUUUCCCCUUCAGCUGGAGCUGGCAGUGACCUUGGAGCUGGCGUGCCUGCAGAGCUUGCUUUCCACUCCCAUAUUUAUCAUCAUUUUUAAUCUGUGUGAUCACAGCACUUCAUCUCCCUGCCUCUCAGCUGCCUUCUGCCCUUCAGCACGAAAAGUGGACUGAAAGGCUGAGCAAAGAAUAUGGCCUUCUCCAUCACAUUAUCCCCUCCCAGAGGGGUCAUCUCAAAGUUGUGAUGCUCCUGAUGAAGACCUUGCCUCCCUGCUCUCUUGUCCACUUGUGGAGUUUGAGGUUUGUUGUUUGGGCUGUGGCACUUAAAUAUUUACAGAGUGGUGACAUCCAUUCACCUCAAUGUGGACCAAGUUAAUGACAGAAGAAACAACCUGUUCUCUAUUUGCUUUCUUCCUUUUCUCAUGGGCAUUGUGCUCUGCAAAAGGACAACAGAGCCUGCAGGAAUUAGUAUGCAGGAACAUCCUCUUCCCAUUUAAAAUGUGCUAAGUGUGAUGUUUGCAGCUAUGGUUUGAGGGGAAGAAACAAAGCAGCCAGGGUUUGUAGAGAAGCUCACACUCUGAAUGAGGCAGGUUUUUCCCUCCAGCAUGUGAUACCCCAACAAAUACAUUCUCAUAUCCCAGGAAGUGGUGCUGGCUCUGAGCUCAUCUGCUUCUGUGAUACAAGCAGCCAGAAGCUGACAGAUCCUAAAGCUUGGAAAGGCAUCCAAGAUAAUUCCACAGAGCUGGUCUGGGUGUUUAUUUGGGAUCUGGAGAGGAUUUAACAAGCUGUCAUGCAAGAAAUGAAAACCCCAAGCAGUGGUGGGAAGGGGGUGGCAGAGGAGAGAGGCAGAGAGGAAGGCUCUUGGUGUGCUGGUGCUGCUGUAGAGCUGGGAAUUGCUCACUCCCUACUCCAGAAAGCUGCACAGCCGGGCUGCAGUGGCACCAAGCCUGAGCUGAAACCCAGCUUCUCUGCAUGGCUCCUGGGCUCCAGAUCUGCUGAAGGCAUACAGCUUUUUUAUUCAGUGCAGAGUGAGCUUGUGUCUUCCUGCAGCCUACGCUGUGGGCCCUAAGAAAUGAAUGUGUAAAUAUUUUGUCUCUCACAGCAGCCCAAGGUCAUCUUUCUGGAACAGCAAACAGGCACAGAAUCCAAAGAAGAUCAGUCUGUCAUAUGAGUAAGGUUAGCAUCUGCACUUACAAAUGACAAAGGCUAUUAAUCCUCAUGCUGUAAUCCCCAAGCUGUUUGCCAGCUGGCAGCAGGAAGAUGCUCCUGCUCAACCCACACAGCUAUCCAUGUUUUUUCACCUUUAUAAAGCAGAUAUAGGUCAAUACUGCAGCCGGAAUAAAACCUUGGUAGAUGCCAUUCAUCUCUUUUGGCAUUGCAAUCCCUCUCCUUUCCACUCAAACCCUCUAUACAAAUGAAGGGGUAAGAGGAGAGCUCUGGGCUGGGCUCUCCCUGUGCUGCUCCCCCAACACAGAAGGCUGAAGGUGAGAUUAUUUUUUCUUUCUCCUUUGCCCCUGAGUUUGUCCUGGGUGGAUGAAUUUUGAGAUCUCUCUGCAAAGCUGAACAACCUUAGCAAAACUUUGUCACUAGACUGGUCUUUACAUUCAGAGCAAGGAAAACCUAAUUCUUGCAGAAGGCAGACGAAAUUCCAGUGAUGGGGUUUUGUUUGUCUUAACUUGGGAACCUGCAUAGGAUUUGGGUAUUGCCCAUCACAGGAGUGUAAACCCCUGAAUCUUCUGAGCUAUCACAGGUGGAGCAGAAGGAAGACUGCAGGUAGGCUGUGAUAGUCUGUGAUCUCACACACCAAAAAUCUUUAUGGUCACUGGGCUGUCCCCAGUGAGAAUUAGACAGCUGGGGUUGGAAAUAGUUGAGGAAGAAACACAAAAGCCAGACAGGAGCUGUGAAACUCCAUUCAGACCUGUUACUUGCUCAUCUCUCAAGGAAAUUGGAAAGCAAUUUUUUUUUUCUUUAACAGGAAUCACAGCUGCUUUGGCAGCUGCAGGUGUGAGGAGCUAAGGAUGUUUCCUCCUUGUUUUUGUAUUUCCUCUGGCUGUCCUCAGGACAUCAAAUAGACACCAAAUACUCUGGAGAUGUUUGUCCCCUGUAAUGUCAUUCCCAGUGUGGGCUGAUCUUACUGAAAAACCAGAGACAAAAAACUGAUAUUGGCCAAGGGGGAGGAACAAGGAUUCAGGGUUCACAAAAAAGCAGGAUUCUUCCUGAGCCCCAUUAAUUAGCUGUGACCUCCAGGGAAGACACUUCAUCAUGCCAAAUACUUUCCCCUCCCUUCAUUUCCCUUAGGGUAAUAUUGCAAAUUUCUCUCUUCAUUAGCAGCUAGGAAAAAAAAAUGAUAUAAUUUUGCCAGCUGUCCUCGCCCCUAUUGUGUCUUGUUAACACUUUCCAGGUGUUUUUCCUUCAUGCUGUCUCCAUCACUGCAUCUCCCAUCCUCUCAUUAAUAUCUACAGAGGUCUGGUCCAAGCCAAGUCAGUGCCUGGUAGCAAUAUUUUAUGUUCUUGGUGCUCAGGAUAAAACCUGUCCUCUAGUCCCUUGUCACUCUGUGGCACCUCAAGCACAAGUUUUCCAGUUAAACUGGUACCACAUCUCUCCUGUAUUCCUCUGCUGGCAUUGCUGUGGUUUGUGUCUUGCUGGGCUGUAUCCUCAGCUGUAACUUCAUUGACUUUUUCCCAGCAGAGAGUUUUGUUUGUCAAGAAGAGUAAAUGAAGUAAUCAUUUGGUAGACUUAGCAUUUAAAUACUGUGUGACAUUUAUAUGUGUGUGUAUAUAUAAAAAUGUUUUUUAUGGCAGAGUGCCUCAGGGCUUUUGCAUGAAGCACAUCUCAAUGUAUAUUUGACUGUUGAUUUAAAUAUAUGGUAUGUAAUAAGUUAUUUUUAGUGUGUAUUGACUUCUUUCUAUAUUGGAACAAUAUACCAUCCCUGGCAGGGUUUUGUUGUCUCUCUGUUGUGGGCACAGCUGGACACUGUAGACACUGAGGUGUGUCCUUGUCCUGUUUUCUCCUUGUGCUCCAAGAGCUGGGAGUUGUUCCCCUGAGGAGCUUUGUGGGUGGACAGACAUCACUCCUGGGGUUUGUGCCACAGGACAGCGCUGUGAGCCUCCUACUGCACCUCCCUCCUGGUGUUUAGCAGAAUAUUUAAUGUUCUCCUCUCUCUUCUGCUCAGCACAGACAGCUGGUUGGUGUUCAGAGUGAUUCAGCCCCAUGGCUGAGGGAGCACCAGCAGCAAUGGAGAUCUCAGCUCCCCUUUCCCAGCCUGAGAUCACAGAAUGGUUUGGGUUGGAGGAUUUAAAGACUAUCUCAUUCCAAUGUGCAACCUCCCACCAGACCAGGCUCCUCAGAGCCCUGUCCAACCUGGCCUUGAGCACUUCCAGGGAUGAGCAUCCACAAAUUCUCUGGGCAAGCACAAAAUUUACCUAUAAACUGUUUACUUUAAAAAAUAACUAUACAGACAAAUUAAUAAAAAUGCCACAUCCCUAACUUCUGUUGGUGCAAAAGCAAGGAUUCUAGAGCUUGCUUUGACUGUAGAAUUAUUUUUAUGGUAAAUAAAUACAUAAAGGCAGAACUUUUCCUACUGUGAAGAUUAUAAGAAACAAAUUCAUAUGUCCUUUUCACUUUUGUAAAGUUCAAAGAUUUGCACUGAAAAUUGUACCUUGAAUCUUGUUACUGAAUGAUUGGUAUUGACUGGUGAGAGGCCACUGGGAUGGUGUGAGCAUUGUUUCACUUGCUGGGUAUGUGAUUGAAAGAAAUAUCUGGAGUUCAAAACUGUGAUAAAAAGAUUAAAAAUGCAAGGAAAAGAUGUUUGGAUAUUCAACUGGAAAACUACUAUGUGCUUAUUCUUAGCUUUUCAUGUAGUUGACAAUGAAGCAUUUUUUAUUCUACUUAAGUGCUAACGUGCAUGAUCAUACAAUAUAUUGCCUCUUGCUAAUUAUAUACUGUGUUAGGAAUACUAAUGUCUAGAUGAUAUCUGACUGGAAAAAAGAAAAAAUCAGCAUUAAACCAAACUUCUGCAGAAUUCUGGGUUGAAACCACCCCUGCACACACACAGCUGUCCACACCUUAGAAACAGCCUUAUUUUGUUAUGGAGAAUGCUGCUGUUACAGGUUUUAUCAAUAAAAUAGAAGCAGAUGGCUCAUGUAGACAUGCAAACCCAA